AUGCUCCUGAGGAUCGAGACCGAGUUAAGAAGUCUCGGAGGCCCAUAUUGUCUGAAGUUGCACUUUGUUGAUAAUGAAUAUGCAAUGAUAGGAAAGUUCGGGACCGUAUCCCCUGUUGCCCAUGGUAACCAGUGGGAGAUUCGCGAUGCACUUACGGACUUUGAAGAAGAGAGAGGAGAGAAUGUGGGAGGGAAGAAGUAUGUCGAGACACUGCGGGAGCUCAAGAAAUUCAACGAAGCAGCCAACCCAUUCACGGACAAGUUCUUCACUCUCCUUCACUCGGUGAAUGAGCAGCAGGCAGAGAUGUUGCAGAAGUUGCAGAGUUUCGUUGCAGUUGCGAUCGGUGCACCGCCUGUUGUGAUUGCUGUAGCUACUGCUCUGACAGCUCCAAUAGGGACAGUCGGCGAGUGGUGUUACUCUCGGUGGAAAAAAUACCAAAGGAACUUGAAAAAAAGGGAGUUGAUUAACUUAAUGACUGCGGGAAGUGGAACCAUGAUCUCAAUCAAAGAGUUGGAGACGAUUCAAUCGCUUGUGAGUAAGCUGGAAACUGAGAUUGAGUCGAUCGUGCAAAAUGCUGACUUCGCUCUUGGAGAAGAACAGGAAGAAGCGGUGAAGCGUGGAGUGUUGGAGAUCAAGAAAAGGGUGGAAGAUGUCAUGGCAGAUAUUGAUGUUCUCUGUAAGCAAGCUGAUAAGAGUAGGCGUGAUAUAGAGUGGGCGAGGAAAAUGCCUUUCUCUGGGAGAACUUUUACCUCUUGGCUUCGUCCUGUUAAUCUAGCUGCUAUUGCUGAUUUGUUUGCUUGA